AUGGCGAAUCCCCCAAGCUCAUCAGGAGCUCACAGGUCACGAAAAGGCAAAGAACGGGCCGCCUCCUCCUUAACCGCCCCGACCGCCCCCACAAUCGCCGACUCAGACGCCGCCUCCCUCACCACCCAGCCCCGCCUCCUCCAAGUCACCUCCCAGUCCUCCUACUCCUCUCACCCCUCCCAGCUCUCCUCCCACGGGUCCACAACCCUCGUCGGCUCAGAAGAGCCCGUCGAAACCCUCUUACCCACCGCCUACCGCUCGCCUCCACCACCCCCCAAACCCAAAACCCCCGAAGAAAAAGAAAAAGAACAAGCAGAAAAAGAACAAGUAGCCAAAGAGGUCGCCUAUAGAGCCUACAAGGCCUCCGAACCAACCCUCGUCCAGCGCGAGCAAGAAGCCGCCCAUGCCGCCGCCCUCCGCCGCCAAGAACACGAAGCCGCCGCGGCCGCCCGCCGCGAAAAACAGCUCGCCGCCGCCGUCGCCGCCACCAUCGCAUCCGUCAAGCGCGAGCAGGAGGCGGCCGAAGCGGCCGAAGCCGCGGCAGCCGCAGAGGCUGCAACGCCGGUCAUCGAGGACGAGAAGUUCGAUGUGCGCGACUACGCCAAGCACCCGCUGACGGUGGGCGAGAAGGCGGGGCGGCGGCCGGCGCUAGUGCCGCGCAUGAAGGUGGUUGAGAGCCGUGCGGCGGCAAAAUGGCGGAUGCGGAAGAUGUUCCUGAUUGUGGUGCCGAUUGCGGUGGUGUGUGUUCUUGUAGCGACGAUCGCGCCGGCGGUGUAUUUCACGCUGCGCAAGAACCGGGAGAACGACGCGGCGAGGGUCACGACGUUUGUGGAGAGGCCGACGGUGACUGCGGGCCCGCCGGUGAGUACGACGGUGCCCGAGAUGCCCGUGAGUACGGAUGAUUCGGGGUUUGAGCUGCAGACGGGGUCGUGGCUGGUGUUUGCGAGGAAGGUUGUGGGCGCGCCCGGGGUCGUCAAUAAGCACCCGCAGUGCACGGAUUAUAAUAAUUUUGAUCUGAUGGUAAGGUAUGAGAGGGAGAGGAAGAAGUAUGGCGCGAAGCUGGGGAGCUUUGGGCUGGACUUUAAGGAUCUGAACUGCCCGGCGGGGGGAAAGGGUGUGGCCAGGGUGGUGUGGGUGCAGCAUGUCAAGGGAUGUGAGCCGGCAGAGUAUGUCACGCUGGAGAUGGAUACGAGGGAUUCGACUCUGGUGCUGGAUCAUGAGUGGAAACAGCCGGACCAUUGUGGGGGAGUCGUGGCGCAGAGUGUGGGAGCGGAGACUUUCAAGUGUAUUUGGAAGUCGAGGUAUGACGCUGGGGCGCCUGAUAACAUCUACGUUAAAGGGACUUGA